AGGAUGGCACCAUGGUGGCUUCUGGGUCUUAUGGUGUCCAUCAUACUCUGCAAAGGUAAAGGCAGUGAGUGUGACAACUUCACUGACCUGGACUUUCGUGAGUGCUUCAUAGGCACCAACCUGUACGUGAAGCUGCUGCUCUACACUCGAGCCAACCUGGACUGUGGCCAGGAGCUCUCUCACAACAACUUUUUGGCCCAGCCACUGUUCAACUUGACCUUGCCAACGACAAUGGUCAUCCACGGCUACAGACCCACAGGGGCACCACCAAUCUGGGUGGACCAUAUUGUACGACUGCUUGCUGCCCAGGAGGACAUGAACAUUCUAGUGGUUGACUGGAACCGUGGGGCUGCAAAUCUCAACUACUUCACCGCUGUCACCAACACCCGCAGUGUUGCUGCUAACAUUUCGGCCUUCAUUCAAAAAAUGCAGGAUAAUGGUGCCUCCUUGAGUUCCGUGCACCUGAUUGGGGUCAGCCUCGGGGCACAUGUGGCUGGAUUUGUGGGGGCAACACUGAAGGGCAAAAUUGGUCGAAUAACAGCCCUGGACCCAGCUGGACCUCUAUUCACAGGCACACCCCCAGGAGAGCGCCUAGACCCAACUGAUGCCCAAUUUGUGGAUGUCCUGCACACUGACAUGGAUGCUCUAGGUUACAAGGGGUCACUGGGCCACAUUGACUUCUAUGCCAAUGGAGGAGCGGACCAACCUGGUUGCCCCAAGACCAUCUUCUCAGGGAAGUCUUACUUUGUGUGUGACCACCAGCGAUCAGUCUUCCUCUUCCUGUGUGCCCUCAACAAAACCUGCAAAUUCACAGCCUACCCAUGCUCAUCCUACAAUGACUUUCUGGAUGGGCGAUGCCUGCAGUGUGAAUCCUUGAGGCCUGUCCCCUGCCCAGUCCUUGGAUAUGAGGUCAGCGAAUGGAGGGAUGCGGUGGUGCGGCUGGGGCAGACAAAGACGUACUUCUCCACCAGUGCAGAGCCCCCCUUCUGUAAGACCAACUACAGGGUAGACAUGGUGACAUGGAACCAAUUCACACGCUGGGGGAUUGUGGUCAUCAAACUGCAUAGUGGCAAGAAAGUGAUAGAAGCUCGAAUGGACCACAAAGUGUUUCGGUUUGAGCAAUACACAGCCACCCGCAUGCUGGCUCAGUUCGAUGAAGAUCUGCAUCCAGUACAGAAAAUCUCCAUUCGCUUCAUCACAGGCAACAUGAUUGGACCCAAGUACAAAUUCCGAUUGCUCCGCCUACGGCUCACACCGCUAGAGAACUCUGACAGGCCUCUGCUCUGUCGCUAUGACAUCAUCCUGGAGGAAAACAUAGAGAUGUCUUUCAGACCCAUGCCAUGUGAAGAAUCUCACUUGAACUGACAUUAGUGAACAAUAUGCAAAAACUGAGUUCCUGUUCCCUUGUAGGGUGUCUUGUCCCAGUCAGUGUCAAGAGGUCUUGGUACCUUCUGCUUUUAGAAGGUCCUGCUUUUCAGUCAAUCCUAGGGGAAGCCAAGAUGACCUCUACAGGGUUGAGGGAUAAUGUCAAGGAUACAGCUGCCCUGAUCUGAACUUCAGUGACAUUAAGCCCAUUUGUUUUGACCUGGCACACAAUGAUUUUUCUUCCAAUUCAGCCCUACUGAUGUUUACCUCAGAGCUCUUCUUUAAAGCAUCAUAGAUUCAGUUGUUUUCAAAAUUAAUCAUUUGUUUCAUGCACGGUAAAACCAGGUCUCAUGGGUCCUGCACCAAGGAUUUUGCUUUACCUGAUCUUAAUUGCUUUACUGAAGUAUUCAAUUAUUUUGAUAGCUCACAUAAAGGUGCAAAAGUAAAUUGGAUGCUAAUUAAAAUACGUUCUUUAUGAACUGGAGAUCUCCAAGACCAGGGUUUGUAACUGCAACUCUAUGUCGUUUAAAUAAGUAAUCUUGAAAUCAUGUAGUCUUUUAAUUGGGAGAUUCUGCUGUAUUGAUCAGUUUGACAACACUUUACUGGUGUAUUAGACACUUAGUGCCAAAGCACAACCAUACAAAGAAAGCUCAAAGAAUGUGGUACAUAGGAAGUAAAACAUAUACACAAUUGUUUUGUAAGUAAUGUAAUUUCUCAUUCUUCAGGGCACUUCGGGAAAUUGCUGAAGUAUUUUAGCCUCCUCCCCUUUUACGCCUUAACAGGUUGCAGUCAAGAAUCACUCUUGGCUUCUCCAGCAGCAUCACAGUGUCAGUAACAGCUUUUUUAGCAGACUUUCGAUGGCUCCUCAAAAUACUUAACAAACUGUAUAUUUUCAUGUACAAUUACACAUAAAUCCAUGUAUAAUUUUUUAUUACAUUGAACUCUUUUUAUAUCUGGAUGAAAGUGAAUUAAAAAAGAACAUAUUGUGUAACUACAUCCAUUAUUUUUUACUGUGUUUUGAUUGCAUUUGGGACUACUGAUAAUAGUACUAUUAUUAAUAGUAUUAUUGUAAAUUACUCUUUCAAAAUCAUGAUCAGUCACAUAUCAUCUACAUUCUAUACCUAAAACAAAGUUUACAUUUUCAAAACAACAAAUGCAACCCACAAAACACUACAUUAAUCAAACACAUUUUACCUACAAAAUGCCCUAAAAUAUUUCACAGCAUCCUCAGAAAGAAAACAGGUUGUCUGCUCAAACUGUAAAAUUGUAUAGUUAUUAUAAUUUCAUCAGCGUUUCUGUCUUAGUAUGACAUUGUCAACAGAGUUAAUAAUUCCUGAAUUAUUCAGAAUGACUAAACUCUUUCUAUAAUCCAUGAUUCCAGAGCAGGGAACAGUUUUGUGUGAUAGUAUAUGAGGAUAUCACACAGAUUAAUUACUGUGAAUAUAUGCUCUAAUGAGUUUCAAUAUUUUACUGUGCUGUCUACACAA